AUGUCUCAACCAUUCAUCCUGACUCUCCGCCUCGACGCCUCCUCCGAAAAACUCCUCACAGCCCUCCGGACCCGCUAUUUUCCAUCUUCUCGAAACUACCUCUCUGCACAUCAAAAAUUCAAAGUGGGUAUCAAAGAUCCUUUUCCCUUGGGAAAAAAAGGUGUCGCGCUUAACAUUGCAUCUUUCAAACUACGGAAGAUUCAUGAAGAGUUACUUGGAGAGUUCAGAGAAAAGGGUGUGCAAUUGACGGAACAGGAUGACAGGAAAGUAAGACCGCAUGUUACGGUGCAGAAUAAGGUUGAAGAGGGGGAAGCAAAGAGAACGUUGGAAGAGAUGAAGAGGGAGUGGAUGAUGAAUGGAGACGGGAAUGGGGGAAUAGGGGGAAUGGCCGAGGCGAUUACUUUGUGGAGGUAUGAGGUCAGUGGGGAGUGGACGCAUUUGGAGGAUUAUGAGUUCGCGUGA